AUGGCCCCUGGUAUAGCCCCUGAUAUGGUCCCUGGUAUGGCCCCUGAUAUGGCCCCUGGUACAGCGCCUGAUAUGGUUCCUGGUAUGGCCCCUGAUAUGGCCCCUGGUAUGGUCUCUGGUACAGCCCCUGGUAUAGCCCCUGGUAUAGCCCCUGAUAUGGCCCCUGGUAUGGCCCCUGGUGUGGCCUCUGGUAUAGCCCCUGCCCCUGAUAUGGCCCCUGGUAUAGCCCCUGAUAUGGCCCCUGGUAUGGCCCCUGGUGUGGCCUCUGGUAUAGCCCCUGGUAUAGCCCCUGGUAUAGCCCCUGCCCCUGGUAUGGCCCCUGGUAUAGCCCCUGAUACGGCCCCUGGUGUGGCCCCUGGUAUAGCCCCUGGUAUAGCCCCUGUGAUGGCCCCUAGUAUAGCCCCUGAUACGGCCCCUGGUAUGGCCCCUGAUAUGGCCCCUGGUAUAGCCCCUGAUAUGGUCCCUGGUAUGGCCCCUGAUAUGGCCCCUGGUACAGCCCCUGAUAUGGUCCCUGGUAUGGCCCCUGAUAUGGCCCCUGGUAUGGUCUCUGGUACAGCCUCUGGUAUAGCCCCUGCCCCUGGUAUAGCCCCUGAUACGGCCCCUGGUGUGGCCCCUGGUAUAGCCCCUGGUAUGGCCCCUGGUAUAGCCCCUGUGAUGGCCCCUGGUAUAGCCCCUGAUACGGCCCCUGGUAUGGCUCCUGAUAUGGCCCCUGGUAUAGCCCCUGAUAUGGUCCCUGGUAUGGCCCCUGAUAUGGCCCCUGGUACAGCCCCUGAUAUGGUCCCUGGUAUGGCCCCUGAUAUGGCCCCUGGUAUAGCCCCUGAUAUGGUCCCUGCCCCUGGUAUGGCCCCUGGUGUGGCCUCUGGUAUAGCCCCUGGUAUUGCCCCUGGUAUGGUCCCUGGUAUGGCCCCUGAUACGGCCCCUGGUGUGGCCCCUGGUAUAGCCCCUGGUAUGGCCCCUGGUAUGGCCCCUGGUAUAGCCCCUGAUACGGCCCCUGGUGUGACCCCUGGUAUAGCCCCUGCCCCUGGUAUGGCCCCUGUGAUGGCCCCUUAUAUGGCCCCUAGUAUGGCCCCUGGUAUGGCCCCUUAUAUAGCCCCUGGUAUGGCCCCUGUGAUGGCCCCUUAUAUGGCCCCUAGUAUGGCCCCUGGUAUGGCCCCAGAUAUGGUCCCUGAUAUGGCCCCUGGUAUGGCCCCUGGUAUGGCCUCUGAUAUGGCCCCUGGUAUAGCCCCUUGUGUGGCCCCUGAUCUGGCCCCUGUGAUGGCCCCUGUAUUUAAGAUGGAGCAGAUAGAGAACGGCUGGGUGACAAUGGAGCUCUAUAACUACCUGCACCGCCAGCCUUUGUGCUCAAACUGGCCUUUCACCAAGACGGACCGACGGGCCGGGCGGGAGGGGGGGGGCAGGAGGACGGAGGAGGAGCACGGAGAAUAG